GUCGGUCCCCAGUUCAAGAUCUCUUAUUACCUACCGAAGUACCAUGCCUUAGGCCGUUGAAGAGUUGUCCCGGUAAAAGCCGGCAUGACUGCUCUGCGUGGGGUCUAGCCUAGCAACUGUCACUAGAUGCCUGCCAGGUGCCCGCAGUUCAAAGGCGCUCUCGGCGCCAAGAACCUUGAGGUCUGAACUCUGAACCUCACCAAAACCUUCAAACGGACUGGCCCCGACGGCGACGCACCACGAGAACCACGACAAGCAGUUGGGCACGUUUCUCACCAGGCUGAGGAUAGUCAAGAGUUUCACUACAAUGUCCCGCAUCAGCCUGCAAUCCCCGCUACUCCAAGCGGCCCUGCGCCGGCCGACCAGCCAGCUGCUUCCGCGGUGCACUCGGACGACGACAGCCAAGUCGGGCGCCGCCCGGACCUUCUCUCACCUCCCAUCCCUCCGCCCAACCCUUAUUCCCACCUCCACCGUCUUCCGCGCGCCGAACCAGACCUUCUUCCUCCAACAACCCGCCACCACGACGAUGACGACGAACCCGACGACAGGCGAGGCGCUGGACUUGCUUGCCAAAACGAGUAUCACAGCGCACCCCGCGCUGGCAGGCUGCGCCAGCCAGAUCCGCUGCGGCCCGCGCCCGACCAUGUCGAAUGCCAGCCGGCUGAUCCAGAAGCGGAGGCAUGGGUUCCUCAGCCGGAUCCGGACGCAGGGCGGGAGGAAGACGCUCAUGCGGAGGAAGCUGAAGGGGAGGAAGAGGUUGAGUGCUUAG